AUGGCGUCUUCCUCUUCUAUUGGAAGUAGUCAAGGAAGUCGAUCGAUGAGGAAAGGCUUAAGGUCAAAAUGCUUUUGUGGAGAUCCUGUUGGCAAAUGGACUUCAUGGAGUGAUAAAAAUCUUGAACGAAGACCCUCCAUUACCAAACCAGUGGUACAAAGACAUGUUGUUCGGUUUUUACCACAUGGAAAUGGAUUCAAUCAUGAUGGAUUUGAAGAUUUUGUGGAAGAAUAUGUAGAAGAACAUGUGGCAGAAGUAGCGGCGGAACCUGUGGCACAAGGUUUUCAUAUGGCACAUCAAGAUGGCUUAGCUGGUGUUAAUUUCAUGAUUGUGUUUUGGGUCUCAUUGUUUGCAGUUGUAUGGUAUAUGAUGAUGUAA